CCUUGGGCAGGGAUUUUUAGAACCCAGGCUGGGGCCUAGCUGACUUCCUGCCAGGCCAGAGCGAAAGAAAGGUACUUUUUAUAAGGUGCUUACCAAAUGCUUGAAAAGGAGGAAGCCUUCUGGCAAGUCUUCCACAGGUCCAAGGCUGGUGGCUUUCUUCAAGCAAUCUGAAGGGAAGGCAAGGCCCAGAGAAAGCUUGGAUAAAAGACUGAGAACAACAACAGCCCCUCAGAUAUACCCAACUGCUUCCACCCCAGACCAGGCACGAAAAAUGUCUCUGAAGUUACCGAGGAAUUGGGAGUUCAACCUGAGAGCCGAGUCUGGGAAAAUAGCUCGGUCAAGGAGUGUGAUGACUGGAGAGCAGAUGGCCUUCUUCCAUCAGCCAUCAUCCCCCAACGCCCUGGAGCGGCCCCUGAAGACAGGUUGGCUGAAGAAGCAGCGGUCUAUCGUGAAGAACUGGCAGCAGAGAUACUUUGUGUUAAAAGGCCAGCAGUUGUAUUACUACAAGGAUGAAGAGGACGUCAAGCCUCAGGGCUCCAUGUAUCUACCAGGAAGCACCAUCAAAGAGAUUGCCACAAAUCCAGAAGAAGCUGGGAAAUUUGUCUUUGAAGUCAUUCCAGCCUCAUGGGACCAGAAUCGGACGGGACAGGACUCCUAUGUCCUCAUGGCCAGCUCACAGUCAGAGAUGGAGGAGUGGGUGAAAUCUAUACGAAGAGUCACGGGAGCGCCAUCUGGAGUGGUAUUUGGUCAGCGACUGGAUGAGACUGUGGCAUAUGAACAAAAAUUUGGGCAUUACUCAGUGCCCAUCCUGGUAGAGAAGUGUAUGGAGUUCAUCAGAGAACAUGGCCUGAAUGAGGAAGGUAUCUUCCGACUGCCUGGUCAGGACAACUUGGUGAAGAAGAUGAAGGAUGCCUUUGAUGCUGGGGAGCGACCCUCUUUUGAACGAGAUACAGAUGUCCAUACUGUGGCCUCCCUGUUGAAGCUCUACCUUCGAGAACUCCCGGACCCUGUGGUGCCCUGGAGUCAAUAUGAGGGAUUUCUGCUGUGUGGCAAACUUAUGAAUGCAGAUGAAUCAAAGGCACACCAGGAGCUGAUGAAGCAGAUUUCCAAUCUCCCCAGAGACAAUUACAACCUUUUGAGUUACAUCUGUAGGUUCCUGCAUGAAAUCCAGUUAAACAGUGCAAUUAAUAAGAUGGGUGUGGACAACCUGGCCACCGUGAUUGGUGUGAACCUCAUCAGGCCCAAGGUAGAAGACCCUGCUGUGAUCAUGACAGGGACUCCCCAGAUCCAAAGAGUGAUGACCAUGAUGAUUCGAGACCAUGAAGUGCUCUUCCCCAAAUCCAAGGACAUUCCCCCAUCUCCACCUGCCCAGAAACAUGACUCUAAGAAGUCUCCAGUCCCUCGGAGUUCAGUUGGCUGGGAUGCUGCUGAGGAUUCCUCCAUGACUCGGGCAGAUAGUUUUAAUCAGAUGACCAGUGACGCCGAUAACAGCAGCUCCACUGGCCUAAAGGCAGCUGAUGGAAUCCUGGAAUCGGAGACCAGCAAACCGGCUAAGGAGCCAUCAGGAUCAUGGAAGCUGCAGUCUCGAAAAAGGACACAAACGCUUCCAAACAGGAAAUGUUUCUUAACUUCAGCCUUGACCAACAGCAGCAGCAAAGUAGAGAUCUUCAACACCGAGUUCUGGUCCCCCUCCCCUGAAGGCAAAAUCAGCGGGCACAAAAGAACACAGUCUCAAGAUUUGCAUCACAUUUCAGACUCCCAGCCUGUUUCCACGAGCAAAAGCGUCCUCACCUGCUCAUCGUCCACUGAUAGCAAAACGAGCCCGUCUGAUUCCCAGUCAGCCUCCAAGACCAACGCUCUGAGCAAUUUAAGCCCUUCGGAGAAAGGGUCUGCUCAGGAGGACCAGGAGUCUCUGCAGAAGGUGAUUUUAGAACUGAAAAAGGAAAUGGAAGCACAGAGACAGGCCUAUGAGGAACGAAUCAAAAGCCUGGAGAAGGAGAACUAUGACGUUUGGGCCAAAGUAGUGAGACUGAAUGAAGAAUUGGAGCAAGAGAAGAAGAAGCUGGCUGAACUGGAAAUUAGCUUUCAAAACAUGGAACGCUCACGGCAGGACAUGGAGAAAAGGAACAAGGCCCUGGAGGGGGAGCUCAAAGAGUGUGCCAAGCUGAAGUUGACAAAGGAGCCCAAUUCAAAUGCCUGAUGUUGGAGAGGGCAGAAGGUGCCUAUUUCAGGCACAGUCUGACUUCUGUGAGGAACUGGGAGGUGAUGUAGAUGCAAUUGCCUUUCAUCCCUGUUAGGGGACUUGGAAGCAAAAAUACUCCCUGUGAGAGAAAGGACCCCUUGGGAAACAAACCAACAAAGAGCCUUCACCUCUCCCAGGAAGUUGACUUGGUGGUCCAUAGAGGAUGUGGCAGAAAGGCUGCCAUACGGAUGUCCCUGCUGGAUGAGUUUGGAAAAGGACAAGACUUUUUCCUCCACAUGUCAGGAUGAGUGAAGAUGACAUUUGUUCUUCUACUAAUGAGUGAAUAUUUCUGACUGGAAAAAUUCUAGACAAGGUGUAGUUCAGGAAAGCUCAGAAAGCCAGCUGCUUCUGGGCCACUGGGCCUUGGUUUCCUGGUUCUCUGAGUCCCCAGAGACAAGGGGCACACAGUGACAGUCAAUAAACUCUUGUUUAUCUGUAUUAUGAUUGAGAUGCCUUUUGGACCUUUCUAGUUUGAAUAUAACCAUUAUUGCCUUGAAU